GCUUCGGGCUCCGCCCGCUUCUCUUAUUCCCGAAAAGGAAUGCCCAGUCCCUCGCAUGGCGCGAGGUGAGCUGUCUGUCGCCUGGGGCGUCUCUCGUUCCAGCUCCGGCUCACGCGUUGCGCCCCGCCCCGCCAGGAUGUCCUCGAACCUCUCUCGAAGGUGGCCUGAGCUCUAGCCGCAAGCCCCGCCCCCGCCUCGCCCUAGGCCCCGCCCCUCAUCUCCAGGGUGGAGACCCUGGCUGCCGAGGCGGGAGGAAUGUGCUGGAAGGAGGUGGCGGAGAAGCCGUGAGUCGGUGCUGAAGGGACAGUUCCUGCCGGGAACCUUCUGCCCCAGCCCAGGUAGCCGGGCCCAGAGGCACAUUCUCCAGCUCCAGAGCCCCGCGGGUGCAAACGGGAUGUGAACCAUGGAGGCCAUCUGGAUCUACCAAUUCCGGCUGAUUGUGAUCGGCGACUCCACGGUGGGCAAGUCCUGCCUCCUGCACCGCUUUACUCAGGGCCGCUUUCCCGGGAUGCUGUCCCCCGCCUGCGACCCCACGGUCGGCGUGGAUUUCUUCUCUCGCCUCCUGGAGAUUGAGCCCGGCAAGAGAAUCAAGCUGCAGCUGUGGGACACGGCCGGGCAGGAGAGGUUCAGAUCAAUAACUCGAUCUUAUUACCGCAACUCUGUUGGUGGAUUUCUGGUAUUUGACAUCACAAACCGGAGAUCUUUUGAACAUGUACAAGAUUGGUUAGAAGAAGCCAAAAUGUAUGUGCAACCAUUUCGGAUUGUAUUUCUGUUAGUGGGACAUAAGUGUGACCUAGUGUCACAACGUCAAGUUUCAAGGGAAGAAGCUGAAAAAAUGUCAGCAGCCUGUGGUAUGAAGUAUAUAGAGACCUCAGCAAAAGAUGCUACAAAUGUUGAAGAAUCUUUCACAAUCCUGACAAGAGAUAUAUAUGAACUUAUUAAAAAAGGAGAAAUUUGUAUUCAAGAUGGCUGGGAAGGGGUUAAAAGUGGUUUUGUUCCAAAUAUUGUGCAUUCUUCAGAAGAAGCAGCCAAACCUAUGAAACAAUGUAUUUGCUGAAUUCAUAAGCAGCUCCAGAAUGGGUAUGAGUACAUCAGGUAUUUGUUUUAGGACAAAUACCAUCUUUAAGAGCAAAAUUAUAAUUAUGAAAGCAUAAAAAUCAUUGAUUUGCCUGAGUCACUAAUCAUUGUUUUUGCAUCCUUUUAUAAGAUAUUUAACUAUUAAGAUGAUAACAUAGUAAUAGUUAAAGCAGAAAAAUAUAAUUUUGAAGACAUUAAUAUUUGUAAAGAAAAGUGCAAUAUUUACUUAGCAAAUUAACAUAUCAAAGAUUUUGACUAGGACUAAAACAAGUCCAUUUUCAAGGGACCAGAUUUUCAUGCAUUCUCAUAUUUUAACAAGCGUUGAAUGUGAAGAAAUUAUAUAUUAUAUCAAUAUUAUUUUCCUUUAUUGAUUUACUGCUUCUGAAAUAUAUUUUUUAAGUUUUAUAUAUAUAGCUGAGAUUACAAUCAGAAUAUUAUAUACCCAACAAUUUUAAAGAAAGGAAACUUAAAAAAUCAAACAUUUUGAUAAGAUAAUAGUAAUGAUAAUAUAUUUCUAAAUUCCCCACACUCAUGAAAUCAUGGGUCUAUCUGAAAAUUUUGAAGAGGGAAAAUUCAGCUCCUCAUCCAGAUUUUUGUCUAACUUGUCAGCCCUGUGAGCAAAUAUGAUAGGCAGUGUAUAAUAAUGAAUAGAGUUAGCCCAAAAGUCAGGAAAACUUAGAUUCAAGUCUUGCCAAUGACAUAUACUGGCUGUGUGAUCCUGAGUAAUUUAAUUUCUUAGUGUAUUAGGUAACUGUUCUAAGGCUAAAAACUGAAGAGAAAAUACUAAUCUGCAUUGAGAGAGGAAGAACUGUACCAGGAGCUACCUACACAAGUGAAAUUAAAAAUUCAAAUUAGAACAAAAAAGACACUACAUAAAAUAUUUUGGUCAUAAUUGUAGUUGGUUGAAUUUUAAACUUGAAAGAUUAUUAAGUCCAUGAAGACCUUAUUUCUUCAAUGAGGAUAUAGAAAGGGGUAUGAGAAUAUAUUAAUAUUACAAACUAAUUUGCAAAAAAGUAAGCUAGCUCUUUAAAAUAUUUGAUAUACAAACCUAAUAUCUUAGUAAAAGUGGGAGGAUUUUGAUGAAAGAAUAUAUAGAAAGGAGUUACUUAGUCUUCCUGCAUUUAGCUUAUUUCCAAGAAGUGCAUCUUAAUAUUAAUUAGAAAUUUUUUUAUUUAAUGCAUUUGUAAAAUCUGUUUAUAACCAUUUCUACAAUUAACUGGGAAGUGGUGACAAGUAAGAAUUAUUUCUUCUAGCAAUAUUAAUUACAUUAUUGUUAAAUCAUAAGUUGUUUUGUAUAGUAAGUGCUUAUAUGCAUAUCAUAAAAAAAAGUUGAAACUCAUUAUGUUUUAUCCAAUCCUGUCUUCCUCAGCCUUCUUUUUUCCUAUAGAAAGUCUUUUUGUUUUUUUUAUAAAAUUAGGGAAUUCUUUGGCUCUGAGGUUGGUUCUCAGCCUUUCCAAUUUGAAAAACUGCUUCUUAGUAGUAGAAGUGAUUGGCAGAAAAAUCCCAAGGGAACGUCAGUUUAAUUAGAAACCCUGGUUGGGACAGGAUAUUUAAAUCAUUGAACCACUUGGCUAAAUUAUUAUGAGUUAAUCUUUAAAAGUUUUCCUCAAGACCACAGUAAGAUUUUUCCUAACAAGAACCCUUUCUAAGCAGCUCCAUUAGGGAUUUUAUCACAAAAUUCCCAACUACUUUCCAUUUUGUCAAUGUAUUAAAGGGGAUCUGACACCUCAUUAUUAUGAUAAAAUUAUCAAGCAAAAGAUAGCUUUUAUUCUAGGCCAAAUUUUAUGAAUAAAUGCUUCGAUUGUCUAUUCCUAUUUGCUAGUAUAUACACAGUAUAUAAAUGUGUUAAUACUAACUCAUUUUUCUUUAGAGGUAGAAAGUUUUUUCCUUUCUUCAAAAUAUGUAUUUAUGUAUUUGUACAUACUUUAUACAUUUUCUAGGCCUAUUUAAGUAUUCUUUUUAUAAGUGCUUAUAGAGAGAAAUGAACAUAAAUUAAAAUAUAACAAUUUUUGAAAAUCUCUAUGUCUACUUUCCAUUGACAUCCAUAAAUUCGUUAUGGUUGACGAUAGGCUUUAACUAGAAUUGACUACUUAGGAAAAAUGCCAGACCAGAAAAAUGGAAAAUAUAAUUCAAUCUAUUUUGAAUAUUGUAUUAAUUUUAAUUAUAUAUUCAAAUAAUUUACUUGGUACAAGUUCAUAUAUUGAAUCUAUCAACAUUUUAAACUAAUGAUGUCAUCUCAGUGUAUACUGCAUAAGUCUAAGUCUCCUUUUACAAGCAGCCAAAAUACCAAAGUGCUUUUGAUAUAUAGUAGAACACAUGUAUAAUGCUGACUUAGAACAGGAUUAAUAGCUAUGAUAUAGGAUUACAUUUAGAAUAGACUCACAAGCUCCAAUCUUUGAGGUCAUCUAGUUCAACAGAUGAGGAAACUGAGACCUCAACAGGUCAAAUGCCUUGUCCAGGCUCAUAUAGUUGUUAGUUAGCAACAGAGACAGGAUAAAAUCCAGGCAUGGAAAGUACUCUUUCAACUCUUCCCAUGUUACUUCUAUUGGGACUGUGACUUGGUCCUUGAUAUAUCUGCAACUGCAAAAUAAGCAGGUUAGAAUAGUUUGAUAUAAUAGGGGAAAACCUGUAGUCAAGCAGUAAUAUGUAAUGUCAUCAAAAAGAACCAAGAAUUGCAGUUCUAAUUCACUUCUAUAUGACCUAAGAGUUGCAUUGAAGAUGUUCUUUUCUUAAACAACAUUAGUAUGAAUGUGAACAAUAAGGUCAGGCCAGUGAAUCUUUCUUGUUCAGGCAAAUUACUUUGCCCAUUGGUUUCUUGGAAGUCAGUUAUUUCAUUAAAAACAUUUUUAAUGAUAAAUGAUGUCCUGAUUACAAAAUGUCAUGUGUCUAUGAUGAAGGAAAGAAGGAAGGAAAAGUCAGAUAAAUAUUAUUGUAUUACCUGUAUAGUAAUAAUAUACAUCCCAAGAAAUAGCUGUUUAUAUGGGGUUGCAUUAACUCAGACCACUAUGGUAGCAUUUAAUGAUGUAACAGUUCAUUAAAUGGUGUACUUGAGCCAAAAUGAUUAUACGUUGCUAUAAAGAUUUGUAAAUAUGGCCCUUAAAAAAACUUAUUUGCAUACCUAGUAGCAAGAACAGGUUUCUUAAACCUCUCAGAAAAUCUUAACACUUCAGAAGAUCUUAUAAAUAUUAGAUUGUUUCAAAAAACCCUUUUACCUCAAUCUUGUACUGAGUGAACUUCAUUUUGAGAGAUAAGAGAUGAGUGCUAAUGAAAAUGGUUUUUCCAACUUGGGUGAAAGUAUCAGUUCCCCAGAAUGAAGACUGCAUCUAAUAAUUAUAAAAUUAAAAGUUUGAAUUAAUAAGAUUAGCAUUUUGACAAGAGGGUGGUUUUUUUUACAGCUUUCAUAGUGCUUUUAAUACAUUCAACUACAGACUUCCCAUUGACUUCAAAGUAUGCACUGUGUUGAGCUGAUCUUCUGAGUGUAUGAAAUAAGAUGUUCCAAGACUACAUCAGUCAUACACCAAUACAUAUUCUGACUUUUUAUUAACAAAGAACUGUGCCUUUAGUUAUUUAGUCAUACAGAGGGUAUAUGCAAGCUUGAGGGGAAAAAACUACCUUAACCACUAUAGAUUCAGACCCUACUAUUUUAAAAUAAUACCAACGAUUAGCCUCUGGUGUAAAACUCUUCACUUAUGCAAGCUGUCUCCUUCAUAAACCUUCUCAGAAUUUAGUUUGUUUCAGAAACCUUAAGUUUUUGAGUGAAAGUAAGCUAACAACCCUCCAUUGGGCCCUAAAAUAACAGUAAACCACACCUCUGACACCAAAUGAAAAUGCCAAAAGGAUAAACUGCAUCAUGACUGACAUUUUCAUUUCAACAAUCUUAAUAACUACUACAGAUCAACAUGAUUGAUUUAGCUAAGACAAUCAACAUUGAUUACGAACUGGACAGAAAAGAAUAAAUUACACAAAAGGGAAAAGAACUAGAAUAAUUGAAAAUAUUAGCUUUCUUGUUUGUUUGAUCUCUGUUAAUGUGUAUGGAGAAUUCAUGUCUUCUCUUGAAUAGUGCCUAGGAUGGUGUCUUACACGUAUAGACACUGAAUUAAUGUUUGACCUGAAUGACUUUGAACUAACACUGUCAAAUUCAGUUUCCACAGAUUCAGUUUUCAUUGAAGAUAAACUGUAAUAAAAAAUGUUUUGCUAUAACUAAAUUUUAGCAUUUUUGGAAAACAAUAGCUGACUAAAGAAAAUUGAUAAGAGAACACGGUAUUAAACAUCUUUGAAAUGUGUAGUAAAUGUUGUUUGUAAAAAAUGUUAAUAAAAGAAUGUGAAGAAA